CCUUCUGUCGGCCAAGCUCGGGAGCCGCGGCCGCCAGCGGGCCUUGGCCAUGGCGUCCCCGGCCAUCGGACAGCGUCCCUACCCGCUUCUCCUAGACCCCGAGCCGCCGCGGUAUCUGCAGAGCCUGGGUGGCACCGAGGCGCCGCCGCCGCCCGCCCGGCCACGCCGCUGCAUCCCCGCGGCCCUGGUCUCCGCGUCCGGGGCGUCAGAGGGGCGCGGCGGCCGGAGGGCUGCCCGGGGGGACCCCGAGCCCAUGCCUCGGGACUGCCGACCCGCUCGCCCUGUCCGGCCCGGACUGCAGCAGAGACUGCGGCGGCGGCCGGGUCACCGACCCCGCGACGUGCGGAGCAUCUUCGAGCAGCCGCAGGAUCCCCGCGUCCUGGCCGAGAGAGGCGAGGGGCACCGUUUCGCGGAACUGGCGCUGUUAGGCGGCCCGGGCUGGUGUGACCUGUGCGGACGAGAGGUGCUGCGGCAGGCGCUGCGCUGCGCUUAUUGUAAAUUCACCUGCCACCCAGAGUGCCGCAGCCUGAUCCAGCUGGACUGCAGACAGAAGAAGGAGGGGCCCGCCCUGGAUAGACGCUCUCCAGAAAGCACUCUCACCCCAACCUCCAACCAGAAUGUCUGUAAGGCAGUGGAGGAGACCCAGCGCCCGCCCACGCCACAGGAGAUCAAGCAGAAGAUUGACAGCUAUAACAGCCGGGAGAAGCACUGCCUGGGCAUGAAGUUGAGUGAAGACGGUACCUACACGGGCUUCAUCAAAGUGCAUCUGAAACUCCGACGGCCCGUGACGGUGCCUGCUGGGAUCCGGCCGCAGUCCAUCUACGAUGCCAUCAAGGAGGUGAACCCCGCAGCCACCACCGACAAGCGGACAUCCUUCUACCUGCCACUCGACGCCAUCAAGCAGCUGCACAUCAGCAGCACCACCACCGUCAGCGAGGUCAUCCAGGGGCUGCUCAAGAAGUUCAUGGUUGUGGACAACCCGCAGAAGUUUGCACUCUUUAAGCGGAUCCACAAAGAUGGACAAGUGCUCUUCCAGAAACUCUCCAUCGCUGACUGUCCUCUCUACCUGCGUCUGCUCGCUGGGCCCGACACCGAUGUCCUCAGCUUUGUGCUCAAGGAGAACGAAACCGGGGAGGUAGAGUGGGAUGCCUUUUCCAUUCCUGAACUCCAGAACUUCCUAACUAUCCUGGAAAAAGAGGAGCAGGACAAAAUCCACCAAGUGCAGAAAAAGUACAACCAAUUCCGGCAGAAACUGGAGGAGGCGUUACGAGAGUCGCAAGGGAAGCCUGGGUAACCAGCCUCCUUCCUGUCCUCCGUGCCCUCCAAUUUAUUUUAUUAUUUUGCAACAGACACUUAUUCUCAAGACACCUCUGGGUCCACCUGUGCCUGCCCAGCAGUUAACAGAUGCGGCACAAAGUCUCUUCCACAAAGUGUCUGUGCAGGGUUCGAUUCCUGCCAACCCACCGCGCCAUGACUCUGGAGAGGUUCCGUCUGGAUCAGAACUCACGGAAUGAACACUGUUUAUCCUCAAUCUGCUGGCCUUUCACAAACCAAAUAGUUGCCUCUCUGGUCACCAACUCCAACCAAUCACACCAGCCGGCAAAAAGCAACGAAAGGUUUCAGAGCCCUGUGUUCCUUCUCCGGAUUUAGUUCUUCAGUUCCUCUUCCUUGCCACCAUAGUGUCUUUAUUUAUGGGUCAAAUAUGGGAUAUUCAUUCAGCGAAGUCCUUGAAAGCAGGAAAUGCUCAUGAAAGGACUGCCCUCCUUGCCCCAGGUGCCUCCUCUUCACUAGGACUAGACACUCAGGGUUAGCCUGAGAUGUCAGGGGCUACAGCCCGGACCAGGCCCCGUCUCUGUCACCCCACGGCCUGUGCACAUGAAAACCCAAAGGCAAAUAUGUACAUCUGUGUGGUAUUUCAGCAUGUCUUUGUCCGAUGAUGUUUGUUAUGUUAGAUUUUGAAUUUAAUGUUGUCCUCCUCACGGGUCUCUACCAAAGGGAAACCGGCCACUUAACAAUUUUAGUCUCCUGCUGAGUCACCAGGAAGUACCACGGAGAAGCGCAUCCAAGCUGUCUACAGCCUGCCUGCAGCUAGGAGGCAGUGGGGGCCUGGACUACUGGGUCUACUCCCUGCCUCCAGCUCUGCCUCCAUCCUCUCCGGCUGGAGUAGCAGCCUUGAUUACACACAGUGGGAGGGUUCUUUCUGUCGCGAAGCGUGGUCACAGCAGCCAGCAAACCUCCCUGGUGACUUCAGUGCCUUUUUGUUUUCCUGAGAGAAGAGCAGGGCAUGUGUGCUCACAGCUCUCCUGCUGACUUGACCCUGGCAGGAAGUGGACAGUGGUGGCGUAGAGAUAAGGACAGGGGAUUCCUCAAAGUACAGGGUGAUGAUCACACGCCUCUUUGCCAUCAAGCUUCCUGAUCAGGCUCUGAUUUCGAAGAUGUGAUAUUAUUAAACCACACUGACAGCAUCAGAUUAUGACUCCAGCUCUUUGACUAGUUCAAACUGAAGACAAAUUAGCCAGGACUGCAAAGACACUCAAUACAGAGGGAGAAAAUCUUGUCCUUUUCAAAGAAGGCCGGUGUUCCAAUCUGGCCUCCAGAAGAGACAUUUUCCUGUCGCCUUGCCCGUCCACACCCCUUGGGUUGCUUUAAGCCUAAGCUUCUAAGUGUAGCCUCAAAAUUUCCUCCCCAGCUCAGGCCAGUCCACACCGCUCCUGUCCCAGAGGAAUGCCGAGUCCUUGUCAUUCAGUCUUCUCCAGAGCUGCCAAAGCAACAUGAGCCGGCAGCUCUGAGAGGCUGUGCAUGCCGUCAACCCGGGCUGUCCGCCGCCAUCUCCUGCUCAGCUGUAUCGCGUCCCUCCCUCCCUCCCUCCCUCCCUCUCUCCUCCCU